UUUAAGAAUCUCAGAAUCCAACGACGAACAAGAACCUGGUCUCCAGGCCAAUAAGCUGGUGCAGAAAUAUGGUGUUCCCGUGGCCACAGCUGCCACCAUUCCCAUUCUUGCACCAGUUGUGUUUGCUGACUCGGGAAAAAAGGAGAGUUCGGCACCCACGUCCCGCAUGGUUCGGCCAUCAGAGCUACCGAUUUAUGAAGAACCAGAGGAAGUGCUCGACUUUGAAUAUCUUGGAAAGGAGAGGACAGCCUUGGAGGAGAAUGUUGGUGUUGUGAGGAAGGAAAUUGAGGGUGUGUUAGAAGCAACGCGUUCUGUUAGAGAAAGAACAGUCAACAUCUAUGAAACUGGCAAGGCCCACACCAUGGCCUUAGUGGAUAUGAUGAAAGAUCUUCGGUACUCCGAAGCGACGGUGGACUACAUAACAGAUGAGGAGAACAUGUUGCCUCGUGCUGGUGCCAUCACUAUUGGAGGCCUGGCACCUGGUUGUUGGGGUGCCGCAAGAAAGGAGGUUUUGUCAAGAAAGUUCUCUACACGUCCGCUGGCGUCAUUUCUACUGCCUCUCUCUGCUACCCCCGCCAAGCUUACCAGAUCUCUCAAAGUGCGUACUGAGAAUGUGAAGGAUUAUGGCACCAUCGGCUACAAUUUUGUUGCAGGAGUAAAACCUCAGUCAAAGGUUGCAACUCCAGUUGAAGUUAAGAAAGAAGCUCCUGAAACAGCUGCUGACCAUGUUCCCCCAGUACUGACCCCAGAGGAACCACCACCACCACCAUCAGAAACACAUGUACCAACCACAGAACCUGAAGGUGCUGAGACUGGAGCCUCCGUGAAGCAAGAAGGGAAGGAUGUAAUCGUGCAGCUGACGCCACCGUCCCCACCAGUUGAAACAGAUUAUGGCCAGAGUAAUCCUGAGGACUCUGAUAUGUACACCACAAGGAGUUAGACUGUAAGAUAGUAAUGAUUUAUAUAUUGCGAAGGAUGUCUCAGCAAACUGUAUACACACUGCAUUACAGAUUUUGGUGGUGAUCAUGUGAAUGCUUGUAUUUCAACAGCAACAUUAUCCUCACAUAAUGAUGUGUGUGUCAUUUCCCACAAGUGAGGACAAUCUUGCUGUUGUAUUACAAGCCUUCACACAUUUUCCACCAAAAUUUAUAUGGUAGUGUGUAUACAGUUUUUGAGACAACCUGUAUUGAUAACACCCAGAGAAUUACCUACUGAUAAGGCUCCCAUAAAGAUACAAGACAAAUAUUGUUAUGUUUGCCACUGUAGUGUGCAACCUUGGAAGUGUUUAUAUGUAGUUCUCUGCAUUUAACAAUAUACUGUAGAUGGGAGUUGCCUCUGAAGAUGUCUUGAAUAAAGAUGAAAGCUAA